UCCGUGUCUAUCUAGGUGCCACACUAGUGCAAUCUAACCAUAACUUCCCCCCUAAUGCAACGGGUGAAUAGUUUCUCGCUCUUCCUGUGAUCUGCUAUGUUUCCCAGGUAGGUGCUAGACUUUUGCAGUGUAUGAAGUGGGUCUCCUCUUUGUGACGUGCUGUGGGAUCAUUUUGGCAGAAAAACACUCCAAUUAAAUGCACAAAGUUAUUCUAAUAUUUUUAUAUCUCAUACGGGCUGGUGAGAAUUCUUUGGUGGGACUGUAAAUGUCUUGCCUUUUUUAACGUGAGCUGGCCACAUGUUUAGAACUCAUGACUUGUCCUUUUUAUUCUGGCCAGUUUUGAUCAAAUAUUUUAAAUUCUUAGAAGAAAAAGAAAAUGCUGAUUUUACAGUUGUGAGAAAAAGUUUGUGACAUGUACAUUACAUGUAUUCCUGCAGUAAUUACUCCUAAAAUGUGAUCUUUAUCUCUGUCAUAAUAGUCCAUAAACGCAAUCUGAUUAAACAAAUAACACAUAAACAUUUGUACCUUUUCAUGUCUAUACUGAACAUUUUAUUUAAACAUUCACAGUUUGUGCUUGAAAAAGUUUGUGAACCUUUACAUUUAGUAACUGGUGGAACCUCCUUUAGCAGCAGUGACCUCAACCAAACGUUUCCUCUAGCUGCUGAUCAGUCCCGCACAUCAGUUUGGGUCGGUAUUUCGGCCAAUUCCUCUUCGCAGAACUGUCUCAAUUGAUGAAUGUUUUUGCGGUGUCUUGGGUGAAUGGCUUGCUUCAAGUCAUCCCACAGCAUUUCAACAGGGUUAUAGUCAGGACUCUGAACUGGCCAUUCGAAAAUGUUGGACUUCUGUUGUAAGCCAUUCUGUUGUAGAUUUACUCCUGUUUUUAGAAUCGUUGUCAUGCUAACCCAACUUCUAUUAAGCUUCAGAUCACGGAGGGAUACUCUGAAGUUCUCCUGUAGAAUUUGCAGAUACUAUUUGGAAUUCAUUGUUCCCUCAAUGAGUGCAAGCUGUCCGGGCCCUGAGGCAGCCCCAAACCAUGAUGCUCCCUCCACCAUGCUUCACAUUUGGGAGGAGGUUUUUUGUGUUGACCGGCUGAACCUGCCCAGCGUGCUGGUGCUGAAUGGCUGUGGGAUCAGCAGUGCUGGGGACGAGAGUGAGAUUGCAGCCUUCUGCGCCCAUGUGGUGGAGCUGGACCUGUCUGACAACAAGCUGCAGGACUGGCAGGAGAUCAGCAAGAUUGUAUCGAACAUCCCCCACCUGGACUUCCUGAACCUGAGUUCCAACCCGCUGAGUGAGGCGGUGCUGGAGCGCAGCUGUGCCGAGACUUUCAGCAGGGUGCGGCGGCUCGUCCUCAACAACACGCGUGUCUCCUGGGACACGGUGCACACCUUCACUGGGGAGAUCCCUGAGCUGGAGCAGCUCUUCCUGUGCCUUAACGAGUACGACACGGUGUCGCCCUCCACGGCGCCCUGCCCCUCGCUGCGCCUGCUGCACAUCACCGACAACAACCUGCAGGACUGGAGUGAGGUGCGCAAGUUUGGGGUGCUCUUCCCCGGCCUGGAAAGCCUGAUCUUGGCGAACAACAACCUUGCCUCCAUUGAGGACUCGGGCGACACACUGCGCAGACUUUUCCCCAGCCUGCGGUCUAUCAACUUGCACAAUUCAGGUCUGAGCACAUGGGAGGACAUUGAGAAGCUGAACUUCUUUCCCAAGCUGGAGGACGUGAGGGUGCAGGGAAUCCCCUUACUGCAGACCUAUACCAACACGGAGCGCCGCAGUCUCAUCGUCGCACACUUGCCUUCAGUGUCAAUGCUCAAUGGCAGUGUGGUGACAGAUGGGGAGAGAGAGGACGCUGAGCGGUUUUUCAUACGCUACCACCUGGAUUAUCCUGAGGAAGAGCUGCCUUACAGGUACCACUGCCUGGUGACCAAGUAUGGGAAGCUGGCGCCGCUGGCAGAUAUCGACCUGCGGCCGCGCUGCUAUGCCAAGGUGGAGGUGCACUGUGAGGACAAGGUGGAGCUUGUAAGUAUCCGGCUGGACCAGACGGUCGCGGAGCUCAAGAAGCAGCUGCGGACAGUGGUGCAGCUCCCCACUAACAACAUGCGGCUCUACUACAUCGACAAGGAAGUGGCCUGCGUCUUCGGGCCCGAGGAGAUGAAGUACAGCACGCGUGCGCUGCACUCCUACAGCAUCCGCGAUGGAGACGAGAUCCUGGUGGUGCCCAAGUCCAAAUGAGUGCAGGGACCUUUCUCUCCAUCAGUGGAGAAGUGCCAGGGUGGGCCGGGGGGGGUGUGUGUGCAGAGGAGCUCCCAUCAUCCCAUCUUCCCUUGUGCUUUCUCCACCCCAAACCCCCCAGUGUAACGGAGAUGCACUGUUAGGAAAUAACAGCAGCUGUGCUGACCUGCUUCUCUCCUACAAGUCUUUUUUAUUUCUUCAUUUUAUUCAUGUGGUGAACAGCACCACUCCACUCUCUGUAUUUAAAGGAUAACUCCCCUGCAAAUCCUGCACAAGCACAAGUGUGCAUGAAUUCUAGUUCCUCGCAGUCUCUCUUUAGUAUGGCUUGUUGAAGACAGGGGGGUGUUUUUUUUUUUGUCAUAGUGAUGCAAUCGUUGCUCCUGCCCUAACUAGGAAGUUGGCUGCUGUAGGAAAAGGCUUUAGGGGAUAGAUAUGGAAAGUCCAGGGGCUUCUACCAGUGCUUCUCAACCAGCCUCCAAGUCUUGGCUGAUUAUUGCUCAUGACUGGAAGGCUGUGUUCGCUCUAGAAGGUCAGCUAUUUGAUGUUACAUGAAGAGGGGUAUGGGGGAGCUACUGGAAUUGUACUGUUCUGCAGGGCAUUGGGCUUUUUCCACACUGAACUGCAUAGCACUGUACUGCUCUGCACCACAGUGUGCUACGUUGUACUGUACUAGUCCAGGGUCCGAAUAGAGUCCAUAUGUGGCCUCACAGAGGCAUUGCAGUUGCUGUAUUUAACAGAGAAAUUGAGCCACUGUCUACUGGCCUACCACACAGAUCUGGGAGUGAUGUUGCUCGGAUUUUAAUUGGAAAAUCAAGCCUUCUAACAUUUUAGUAAGGUGCUUUACUUGAGUAAGCCCAACAACUCUGUGAUUGGUUGGUGUUUGUAUUCCAGUGCGGCCAGUAAGGUGGAGGCUGAUCUGUCAAUCCAGAUAUGCUGACUUCUGUGCUUUCCCCUCAGCCCUUUGCUUUACUUUCUCCUCUGCGUACAUUACCAGGUUAAUUAAUUUGUAGUUCUGGUGAUGAUCUGAGAGCCCACACAUAAAUGUGGUUAUUAUUUAUUGAUGAUGCAGAUAUCUGUGGCCAUAAGCCUUUUGAAAAACCAACCAUUGCUGCAGCUAUAAGAUGACCCCAGUGAAGUUUUGAUUAUGUUCUGCAUGUUAAAUCCAUGUGGGCUAGACCUUGCUGCAGUCUGUGUGUCCCUUUCAUCUGUGAAUUGAGAGUUGACAGUUCAGAAUGAGCUGCUGUCUUCUGCCCACAGGCUGGUUAUCACUCAGCUGUGAGCACACAAAGAUUUUCCCUCAGAUGUAAGGGAAUUCAAAUGAGAUACAGAGAGCCGAAAGUGAAAGGGUAAAAGUGGUUUGUAAUUUUUGAAAAGUAGCUGUUGAACCAGACUUCCUUGAAGUUUGUUUCUACAUUGUUACAACGUUGGAGGACGUUGAUGACAAGAGUGAAUCCUUUCUCUGCUGUCCUGAUUUUCUUUCUGGUUGUGUAUCCUACAUGUCAAUGGCCAUUUGCUGUUAGCACGUUUCCACGCUACAGGACUGACGUCCACAUUACUGAGUGUGGCCCCUCAUCAGUAUUAUUUAACAGUGAUGUAGCGUAAAUGUUGGGGUUACUUAAUCAAGUAUUAGAUAGUGUAUAAGUUAAAGAUCAAGUAGUAAUAAUGUACCCCACAACUUGGGUCUUUUGCCCACUGUCGUCUCCAGCAGCAAUCUUGUCUGUUAUCAAGACUAAACUGUGGACAAUGAGCAACAGGGUCUUUAAUGCUUAAUGAACUUCCAAGGCAUAAUUUCAUUCAUUUGGAUAUUUUCAAUAAUGAAUCCAAACCUCUUUGUUUAAGAUGAAUACAUCAUUUUUACUAUUUAUUUUUUUGUCUAGUUUUUGUUGUUUCAGGAUUUUAUGUUUUCAAGAAUGUGCUUUAGAAAAUAAAUAUUAUUGGAGCCCUUGUGCCCCUUAAGAAGCCUACCAAAAACUCAGCUUUGAAAGAAGACAAACCAUUUUAUUAAUCCUUGAUGCCUGUAGCUUAAGCUCUUUUUUAUUAAACUGUGACAAAUUUGGAGGGCACAGAAGUGAAGUCUGGCUACACUAGGAUAAAGGAAACAGAGACGCAUUUAAGACAGAAAGUUUAGAAGAUUUAAAGGCAUAUUUAGACACCCUCCUUUCCGUUCAGGAGAACUGUUGGUACUAAAAUAAGAUAAAAUAAAAUAGUGAAACUCCUAAAUCGCAAAGAGGAGGUCCCUGAGCUUCUAGUGAAAGGCAGAAAUGUGCUCAGUUUUCAUACCUCGUGUCUUAUGAGACCUGUUCCUACCAGAGUCUGUCCGUCCUCAUGGGGGCUUCCAGAGUGCUUGCCUUCUGGCUUGAUGUGAAUGAGCCUCUCAGACAUGACCCAGAAGUCACCCAUAAGCAGGCGUCACCCUUUCCCCCGAGCUCCACAGCCAGCGCUGGGGCCCAGUGCUCAGUGCUGAGCCUGUGCUUAUUGCAGUGCAGCAUGGUAAAGUACUGGGAGGCGCGUUCUUGCACAUGGUGGAAAACCGUGGUGAAGAUGAGGGAAAACACAGAUUUACCAUUGUUCACCACAGUGGACUGGGACUGUCUAAGCUAGCACAAGUGUGUACAGGGGGUGAAUACGGUCCAGCCUGGAUGUUAAAGUCAGUGUGAGGGAUUUGCACUGUCACCUGGCAUUUGUGUUGGGGCGGUCUAAAACACAGCUGUACACAGUGGAAAAGUGAGAUUUGGUCAUAUGAAGAGUCUUUCUUAUAAAAGGAAUCUGUAGAGAUGCAUGUUAAAAAUUAAGAGCAAUAUGAGCAUUACAGGAAAUGAAAUAGAAAAUAUUAUGUCAAAGCCAAAUGUCUUAUAGAGUAAAUCUUCUGUAAAUUAUGAUUAUAUAUAGUGAGUGGAAAAAAGUAUUGAUCCCCCAUUGGACCUCUACCACAUUUUGCUCUGUUACAACCUCAAAUCACAACCUGUUUGAACAUGCUUUUUUUUGUAUGAUUUAGAAAACAUACAUAUUGAUGGGCACAAUCAUUUUGAUUGUAAAAGAAAAUUUUAUGAACUGAAAAAAACUGAACUGAAAACUCCAGCUUAGACAAAUAUUCACCCUCCUGAGCUUAAGCAUUUAAUAUUAAGUUGCUCCCCCUUCUGCAGCUAUUACAGACUCAAGGCAUUUGUGGUAUGUUGUAAUCACGUUUUCACAUUUUGCGUGUUUAUUGUCCUUGCAACAUUGCUCCAGUUAUUGCAGGCUCUAGUAUCUGGAGUCAACAGAGCUGUGGUGUACAGCAAUCUUCAAUUUCUGCCACAGAUUUUAUUAAGGGAUUUAAGUCUGAAUUUUUACUGGGCCACUCAAGGACUUUAACCUUUUCCUUUUUAAGCCACUCAAGGGUUGCUUUUGCUUUGUGUUUCAGUCAUUUUACUGUUGAGAUAUUAGUCUCUGUCCCAGUUUCAGAUAUUUUGCAGACUGGUCCAGGUUUUGAUCUAGGAUCCAUACUGCCCUCUAUUUUGACAAGCCAACCAGUCCCUGCCAAUGAAAAGCAACCACCCAAGAGUAUGCUACCACCACUGUGCUUCAAAGUGAAGAUGGGGUUUUGUAAGUGAUGAGCACUGCUCUUUUUCCACCAGACAAAGCUUGGCAUUAAGGCUAGACAACUCAAUUUCUGUCUCAUCAGACCACAAUUCUUUCUACAUUGGUUCAGAGGCUCCUACAUGUCUUUUUACAUAUUCAAGAGGGGACUUCAUGUGAGCUUUUUUCAAAUAUGACUCUCCCCUCACCCCUACUGCCCAGAUUUGAGGAGCACCUGAACUAUUGUUGGCUCAGUCAGUUUGUAGGUCUUGGAGGGUUGUUUUUGGCCUCUUGACUGCUUCUCUGGCCAGUGUUCUGCUUUCCCGGUUGCUGAGCUCUGGAGGACGAACUGGUCAUUGACGAUUCUGAGUAGAUUUAUGUGUCUUCACUUCCUGAUAAUUGAUUUAACAGUGUUCCAUGGAAUACUCAGUGCUUUUGAAAUCUUGACUGACUUUUGUCUGUCCACAACUAUGUCCCUUAGUUGUUGCAGAAGCUCUGUUGUCUUCAUAUUACUCUGUAUGCAAUGUCCAAUGGUGGGAACUCACACAGACAGGUGUGUUAAUGGUUAACCAAUAUUAUUGCACACAGGUGGAUUCCAGUUGACAUUCUUGCAAAUUCUGAAGGCAGUAGGCUGAGGCAGAACCUACUAAGGAGAUAACACUCCAAUUCUAAGGGGGUGAACAUUUUGCAAGAUUUUUAGGGUUGUUAUUUUUAAUUUAUAUUUUAGAUCCAAGCUUUUAAACACAUUGAUAUUGUAGAGGAUGUUGUGUGGAUCAAAAGGAAAAAUAAAUAAAUCUGUUGAGUUUUCAGGUUGUAACACAGUAAAAUGUGUCAAAAUGUAAUGUACAAUCAGGGGAAUCAUUGGGGUUCUGCGUAUUCAAUCUGAACCUUUCCAUAGGGACUUUUCUUUUUGGAGUUUUUAUGUUGAUUUCAGUGGUGAGGCUGUGAUUAAAGACAACGACCAGAGAGCCAUGGAGACAGAGCAGGUCAUUUCUGUCUCUCCUGGACUGAAACUGGGGAAACUGGGGAGGUUAUAUCCCCAAAUAGCGCAGAUUGUUUUAUUUCUCACUCCUCUUUUGUCUGUAUGUGUUUAAGUAUCCUUUGAUUUUCUUGCUUGAUUCUUUUUCACCUUUCCAAGUUAGCCUUUUGCUAAUGCCUUUUCAGAACGUUUCGACAAGCCAUACUGCGCCAGUGGGCUUCGGGUGGCCUUCUCAUCGGCUUCUUUUGUGGGAACAGUUAAGCUACAAGGUUGGUGACAGCCUUUGUAGAGAAAGAACGUAACGGAGUCUCUCAGGUCGUGCGUAGAGGUCACAAAAACAAGUUGUUAGUGUGGAUGCCUGUGUGUAGGCAGAAAACGGAUAGCCCCUGGGUUUCUGCAGUUUUAUAGAUCGUAGAUCUGGAACAAGGACAUUUGCAGUUCUGCAACAUGUAGUUGAUUGCACCCAGACCAAACUACCACUGAAAACAGUUGUACUUAGAAAUUCCUGGAGCAAUACCAAUUGCAGGUGAGUGUGUGAACAGGCAGGGCUAGGUUUGGAAUAAGAAGAAGGAAUUUUGUAUUCGCGCCCUCUGCCCCUUUUGCUAAAGAGUUUAAAGGCAUUUUUUUGUUCUGUGCUAUUUUUACUUUCUGUCUUUAUGUUCAUUAAAACUCAUUGCCUUCCAGCUAUCAGACUCCAGGAGCUUCCUGCACCACACUUAAGGGGUGCCGUCCCUUUAAAAUCAGAGACCAUGCGAAUCAAACACUUGAACAUUACUUUGUGUUGCCUCUGCUUGUCCUUUAAGUUUGAGCUGUAUAACUCUAUAUGAUAAAACUGAUGUACAUUCCUUCUGUUCUUUCUUAAGACAGGUGUUAAUAUUAGAUAAAGGACAAAUGAGUGACCCUCUUGAGUACACACGGGGCUGGCACACUGAUGGCUGUUGUAGUGUUGAUCAUUCUGCCUUUGAAUUCCAAAUCCUAAUUAUCAGUCUGCCUCUGCUACAUAGUAAGGCAGUUGAUAGUAAAAGAAGUUCUUACAUUUUGGUUCGAGUGCUUUGAAUUCAAUGUUCUCUGACUGUCUGUGUGCAAGCGGUAUUGGUGUAUUCUGUUCAGGUACACAAUAGGUAUGAAGAGCCCUGCAUAAAAAUCAGGAAAAUAAAGUUACAGUAAAAAGAGUCCAUAUGGUGUGAAUGGCAUGGCAUGGUUUGGUGUAGCAUGGGCUAAUGAGUGAUUAGUUAGAUGCAUUGAUGCAGUCUCCUUCUUUGUCUUAUUAUUGAAGCAACAUAGAAAAACACAAUCUUGAGAUCAUCUUGCAGUCGUCAAUCACUUGCUUGUUUCAUGCUUUGAAUUAGCACUAAAAGACAUUCAGAUUGUUGUACUUUCAUAUCUUACAUAGAAGGACAUCAAUGGCUUCAUAAUAGGGUUGACUGUGCUUUUCCCAAGCACAAGGACUAACAGACAGACAGCCAGGAGCUUUGGACUUUUACAACUGCAAUAGGAAUACUGCACCGAUCUUCACACAGUCUGCAUGUCAGUCAGGCAGCAUCGGGGCCAGUAGGCUUUCUACAUUUGUAGGGAAAGAUAUAUUUAAAGGUAUAUAAAUCUAUAUAGAAAGAAAAAGAAUUAUAUAUGUUUAUGAUGUCAGUGUUGAAGUGUUUCUGGUUUGAGGUUCUGUUAUGAAGGGGUGAUGUUUGGAAUGAGAAUCAGAGGGCUGAAGAAUCUUAAUUCAGUCAUUCCAGACUCCACAGCACUGAGUACAGCCUGGUCGCAUUACUAAUUUGCUGUAGUACUAUGUAAUGGAUUUUCUUAGUCAAAGCAGCAAAGUUAGUUACACACUAUACAAGAAAUUUACACACUGUUGAUUCCAAUGCUGUAAAAUCUGUCCCAGACUUAGAGGGAAGUCCCAGAAUACUACCACUAUAUUGCAUUUUGUACAGUAUUUAGCCAAAGAACGCAUUUAAUUCAGAAGAUAUAAAAACAUCUCUUAAUGUAUUGCACAAACAAAUGGAUUUUCCUGUGUAUUCUGGAUUUUCCACCAAGCUCUGCAAUAUCCAGGGCUUAGUGGAAUCAUGGAUCGCCCAUUCCCCACGCCCUCAAGGGGUGCAGUGGAGGGGCAGGGAGACAGGAAUUUCAGAAUCCAUGGCAUAUUCUGGAGAUAUUCUGUCACUCAGUGAUCAAGACAAUCCAUGAGAGCAGCUUCUGAAUUCUGGGGCAGGAGCCAGGAGAGUGUGGAGCCUUGCUGUGAGGUCCAGGGUGUGCUCAGACAGAAGAGUCCUGCUCCCCUUCCUGUCUCUCAACUGUCUCUUUUGUCAACUAUUGGUUUAUUAAACUUUCAGAGUUUGAUGAUUUUAAAAAAGA